CAACAGGGGCCAUCUUCACAGGUUCAACACAGGCUCAUUCUGGUGUUUGUGCUGGAUUCUACUUUCUCUUGCAACUGCCAGCCUCAGGUAUGAGGGCCUGCUUGCUUUUCGUUUGUUUUCUGGCAGCCACACUUGCCCUGACUGUUAAAAGUAAACAUCAUGGAAAGCAUCGUGGAUUGCACAAGAUGUCACACACAGCCAAAGAAAAGGAGGCUAUCACAGAGGAGGCCAACCAGCCACAGGUCUUACCCACUUUAGUGACAUUGGAGGCCAAGAGCCAGGAUCGGGAGGAUGAGGAGUUGAGCUCCGAGGGCAACGCUAACGCUAACCAGGAAGAUGGAGAGAUUGAGGCGACUGAGAGGAGAGAUAAAAGCACUGCUGUCCUGUUGAGUGAGGCGGAGCUGGUGGACAUCCUGAAGAAAGAAGCCGUGGAGGAAGAAGUGGAGGAAAGAGAGCUGAAGGAAGAGGAAGUGGAGUCGGACAAAGGCAAGGUGGAGUCUGGUGAGGCUGUGGAGGCCAGUGAGGAGAAGGAAGAGGAGAAGUUGGAAGACAACUUGGAGGUAGGGGAAGAUGAAGGGACGGUGAAGGAAGAGAAGGGUGAAGAAGAAGUGGUGGAGGAGGCGAUGACGAUGCCUCACAAGGGCGAGCAGGAAGCGUCUGCAGACAAAAUGGCCGACAGAGUAGAGCCGUUGUUGGAGGAAGCAGACGGCAGCACGGAGCUAGACAUCCCAGUCGAUCUCGACUACGCUGCCGAUAGCGGCGUCUUACAACCUCUGCAGAUGAUAACAGCUAAGAUGGAACCCCACACUAAUAACACCAAGCCUCCAUCAAAAAAAGAUGUUCCAGAUGUCACUCAGAAAGACGUCAGUGAGAAAGAGCUGCCCACCAUUGACGGGGAUUUUGACCAAGAUGUACAAAACACUGAGGCAGCGCACAGCGAGGAGGCGUCCGACGUGGACAAGCCGCGAGACGACAAAGAAGCUACAUCUAAAGAAAUGGAUCAAGACGUGAAGCCGCAAGAGGCGAAGAGCAGCAGGGAGCUCGAGUCAGGGUCGAGUCGAGCAGCCGGAAAGGAGGAAGAGAGGAUCAAGAAUGACAGUACGAGUCACGGCAAGGGAAAGACGAGGAAGCAGAAGAAGAACCAGAGGAUGAGGAAACACUCUCCUCAACGAGAGGAAACACAGGCGGGACAAGAACUGAGCCAACAACAACCUCAGGAGUCUGGGAGCAGCAGCCCUGACAACACAGUGCACAAGGCGAAGAGGAGGAGGGCGGGGAAAUGGGGUCCGUUGGUAGGAAUGAAUCCAGUGCAGAUAAGAGCCACGGAGGAUCUCUACCCCAGCUCCAGGCCCUCUCUCACUGGAGGAGCACAUCACCCAGAAGCCCCUGCAGAUCCAUGUGGCAAUUUCCGCUGCAAGCGAGGGAAGAUGUGUAAACUCGAUGCCGACAAUAAACCAGGCUGCGUGUGUCAGGAGGCGUCACAGUGUCCUCCCAGUGUGAAUGAGUUCGAUCAUGUUUGUGGGACAGACAACCAAACAUACGUCACGUCAUGUGAGCUCUUUGCUUCUAAAUGUAACCUGGAGGGCACCAAGAGAGGGCACAAGCUGCACCUGGACUACACCGGACCAUGCAAAUUGAUUCCUCAAUGUGUGGACAGUGAGCUGGUGCAGUUUCCUCUACGGAUGAGAGACUGGCUGAAGAAUGUGCUGCUGCAGCUCUAUGACCACGACUCCGUGUCCCCUGGCUUCCUCACGCCAAAACAGCGUUUCAGAGUGAAGAAAAUCUUUGAGAGCGAGAGGCGUCUUCAGGCUGGCGAUCACUCUGUGGAGCUCCUCGCUCAGGACUUUGAGAAGAACUACAACAUGUACAUUUACCCAGUGCACUGGCAGUUUGCUCAACUGGACCAGCACCCGUCUGACAGAGUGUUGUCCCACUCGGAGCUGGCCCCACUCAGGGUCCCUCUGGUGCCCAUGGAGCACUGCACCUCCCGCUUCUUCCAGGAGUGUGACGCUGACAAGGACAAGCAGGUCUCCAUCAAGGAGUGGACCUCCUGCUUCGGCAUCAGGAGCGAGGACAUGGAUGCCAACCUGCUUUUCUGAGCUUCGUCUUGAACAUCACCUGCUGCACGAGCGUGAGGAGGCUCCACUGAUGGAGCAGCCUGAGAGAGAGAGAGAGAGAGAGAGAGAGAGAGAGAGAGAGAGAGAGAGAGAGAGAGAGAGAGAGAGAGAAAGAGAGAGUUAGAGAGAGUUAGAGAGAGAGAGAGACCCCUCCGUGAACCACUCGGCUCCUUUUUUUCAUCAACUCAUUUGACCCCCUGCUAUAUAGAGGAUAAUGUUGGUGUGCGUUCAGCUCAGUAUAAUUUUGUGUCAGGCUAAGGUUGUGUAGUUGUUUUGGGGUUUGGACUCAGCAGCCUUUUAGAGUAUAAGAUUCCUGUUUAACCUUUUUUUUUUUUUUAUCCAGAAACUGUUUUCUUGUACACUCCGAACAUGGGGAGAAGUUUACAACAGCUGACUGGUAGAAAAGGUCUCGUACAGUUUAAAGUACAAAAGAACUUUGGUUUGAACGUUCAAAUGAUUAAAUGCAGAAUUACUCUUUAAUUCAAAGUUAAGUAGAAUCCCUUACCUUGGCGUUGUGCUAGUGAAUGUAAAUUAAUAACUCUGUUGCAUAAUUUAGUAGCAAAAUCUGUAAGUGUUUGUCUUUUUCACUGUAUCUCUGAUUAAAGCUUUCUGGACAGCAGAGGUCUUCACUUUAUUCCCCUGAUGUUUUUGUUCACGAUUCUUUACAGUCCUGAAAUAAAGUUAUU